CUACCGCAUAUUUAUAUUAGCUAACAAAAACGUACGGGGAGUCACGUCUCAUUCGCUUGAAAUUUCCAGCUGGAAUCUCUCCUUUUUUUCUCUCUGGCGCUUUCAUGGAAGAGGAGGAAACCAGAGAGAGACAAACCCACGAAGAAAAAGCACGAUCUCCCGGCGUGAAGCGGCCACGGGAGGACGGAAGUAGUGGAGAUCUGGGUGAGGACAUCGUGAAGUGGUUGUUGGGGGACGAGAGUGAUGGUGAGUCGGUGGCUGAGCUGUUGAAGCAACUGGAGUGUACAGAGUCACCGACGACGUGGGCUACCACUAGGGUUAAGUUCAUCGACAACCCUUACUCGUCGCAGCUGAUUUUCCAGUCUUCUUCGUCGUACAUCACCAUCAACGGGAACGAGGAGACCUGUGGGUCGUCUUUCUCGGACUCGGACUCCAGCGUGAUGGCGAGCGUAGACAUGGGUGGGGUCGUGGGUGCAAAUGUGAAGGUUCCGCGCGGGAUCGAGGGGCUCAGAGGGUGGUUUUCUGGGGAGGGGCAAGGGUUGUUGGGUGCAAACGAGGCGGAGGCGCGUGGGUGGGUGGUGGGUGGAGAUGGGUAUGAUGGCGGCGAAGGAACGAAGAUGAACGACUGUGAUGGGUUUGAUCGGGAUUGGGAUGAUGUUGGGCUGGCGCGGUUUCUGGGUGAGGACCCUUUUUUGAACCCCUAAUUUUGAGUCAACAUGACCAGUGACUCAGCAUUUUCUAAUUUUUGUUUUCAAGUACAUAUACUUUUGGGUUGGCUGGUGAAUGGUGGUGGCCGGCGGAUAAUGGGGCGGAUUGCGGUGGUUCUAACUCUGUUAAUAUGAUACUAGACAAGAAAGAAAUAUUUUUAGGCAGAAAGAAGGGGUUGUUUUGGUUUGUUUUGGGAAUUGUCCAUUACAUGGACUGCUCUGUCCUCUUAGUCUCUUACACUUGGAGAAAAGGAAAAUUGGAAUACGGGGAAAGGGAAUUUUUACAAAGUAAAAUUUCGAAACUGGGUACCCCAACCAUUGCAGGCAAAGCUGUGGGUGUUAAAAAAAGAAAAAAACGAGAGAGAUAGAAUAAUAUCUUCUUGAAUUUUUGCUUUCAACAAGAACAGAGAUUGCAGGGGUCCAGCAGUGUUAAACAAGUCAAGGUUACUACCACUGGAAAACAAAAACUUAUGAUUUGG